AUGGGUCUCGCAGCUGUUAGCAGGAUUGUUCUGCUCCUUUUCGCCACCGUCCUCUGCGGCGUGUUGGCUCAGGAUGCACCCCUUUGGGUCCAAGGUGACUUUGAGGAUGCCACCGUCACCGACGACACCUUCAACAGUGGUGGAACCGUCACUGUCAACGGUUGGGAGAUGAAGGUUCCCAAGAAUCUCCUGGUUCAGUUCCCAGCUGCUUGGGUCCCUUGGAGGGAGUUUGUUGCCAUCAAGAACGAUUUGGUUGGCUUUGAGACUUUGGUCAUGGGUAACACGGUCAACGGCGAGCAGCUCGUCGGCCAGAUCGUCAUCUACCAGUUCUUUGAGAACUUGGCUAGUGGUUACAUCGAGAGCGUCAACAUGACCGACGGUAGCCUGCAGCUGCGCAACGGUCCCAAGGUUCGCAUCAACGACCCCAACGGCGUCUUCUCGGUCGGCUACAGCGGUUUCCCCCAGUUCACCGCCGACGAUGUCAACCCCAGCAUCACUUCUUUCUCGGGUUUCCCCAUGUGCAUUCCCCGCAACACCACCGACCCGCUUUGCCCCAUGAGCCAGCGUCAAUUCACCGGCGCGGGCAUCUUUACCGCUCCGGACCCGCUCGUCAUGGCACCGCUCCAGGCCGGCGACUUCAUCACCUACGCGGGAGUCCGCAAGAACGGCGAGAUCCUGGCCUUCAACAUUGUCGUCAACAACGUCCAGAUCCAGACCACCGGCAACCUCGCCUACGUCCGCGUCGAGCUGGCCCUGCUGGGUAUUGACAACCCGUCCCCCAACGCCGAGAUCACCCCUACCCGCUUCGUCGGCUUCACUUCCAACAAGGCCGCCACCGUCUCCAUCUACGCCAUGGACGUCGACCCUUGCACCGGCGAGACCAAGGACCGCAUCAUCGCCUCGACUGGACUCCGCGGUGGCGGCAACGAGCAGAACAAGUUCGAGUACCGCAACGACGUCCUGGCCCGCUACACCCGCGAGUACCGCGUCACCGUCGAGAUCAACGGCAUCCAGCAGACCCGCAUCACCAAGAACGGUCUCACGGCCGGCACCUACGUCGCCCCCGUCAACGUCUGGGUCCAGGGCGAGCAGGUCGUUCCCGGAACCGCCCCGGUCCCCCACGACUUUUCCGAGAUGGGCUGGCUCACCCAGGGAGUGGGCGCCGACGCCGACGGCAACAUCUGGGGUCCCAUUGAACCCUUCCCCCAGAGCGGAGUCCUCAUCGACGUUCCCGUCUGCGCCACGACCUCGUCCGCUCGCGUGGCUAGCAGCAACACCACCGUCUCCGCCAGGGACAUGACCACCCGCCGCUCCGCCAAGUUCAAGCGUGAGAGCUACGCCCAGGCUCGCUCCGAGGCCAUCGCCGACGCCCAGAACGUUGGCACCGUCGACCCGGGUUUCACGGUCGACCCUGCCGAGCAGGCCCUCAUCGACGCCAAGAAGGCCAAGAAGGCGGCCGCCGCCGCUGCAGCUGGCGUCACUCUGGCUUAG